GUGGGGGAUAUUAUUCUCCACAUCGGUGCGCAAAACCUUCGACACAAUUCACUUCCUCGGUCCAUUUCUAAAGACACAGGGCGAUAAGAAGAGCUGUCAAAUGCUGGAUUAUUAAAAGACUGAUCAUACUGUGAAAGCUACAGAGCAAACUAUGGAUAACGUCAGUAUGAACUCGGAUCUUCGUAGAGAGACCGUGCGGAGCUGCAGCACGCUCAACACUCUGUAUCACGAGACGCGCCAGGAAAUAGACCUCCUGAACAAACAGCUUUAUGUUAAGGAUAAUAUCAUCGCAGACUUAAAAACGAGGCUGGGGAGAUAUGAGAGGAUCUACGUGACGGUGGGAGAUAACCAGUCUGUAGUCAUAGGGCCGUCCAAGUCUCUGCUGGAGAGCCUGUGUAAAGAAAUAUGCAAACUGAAACAGAAGAGGAACGACAUGGAGUUCAAGGCAACUCGACAAACAGAGGAGAUCCAGAGGCUGAAUGCCCUGCUCAGGGAGAAGGAUCUGGAGCUGGAGGGCGUCAGGGGGCAGCCGGACCACGAGAAGGACCGGGAGAUCCACCGGCUGCACCUGGCCCUGGAGGAGAGGGAGCGGUCCGAGGCCACCAGAGCCGUACUCUGCACAUCGCUGGCCGAGGAGGCUGACCAGAUGCGCAGCCAGCUGGGAGCGACGGUGAAGGUGUGCCAGGAGCUGCUGGCCCGGCUGGAGAGGGAUAAGAAGAACGGAGGAGAGGUGGAGGUUGUGGCAGAGCAGCACAGGACCAAGGAGACGGCAGAGUCAUCUGACAUGAGUGGUUCUAACGCCCAAAUCUGUCAACUUCAGGAGGAGAAUCAACAGCUAAAGCAGCGAGUGACAUAUGUGCAAAGUCUGAAUACGCAGUGGCAAAAGUAUGACUCCAGCAGGGAGGACUACAUCAGAGGCUUGUGUCAGAGGCUGAAGGAGACACCCAGACAGGGUUUGAUGGCUGGGCUCGGCUCCAUAAGCACAGAGUUGCUUCAUCAGGAAAUUUCCAGGCUCAACGGCUUACUCGAGGAGAAGAUGAAUGAGUGUGCAAGGCUGAGUAGAGGAGUGGAGGAGACAAGGAGGCAGGAUAAAGUGCGGAUCCAAACUCUGGAGCAGCAGGUCCUCAUCUACGAAGAGGACUUUAAGUCGGAGCGUGCUGACCGAGAGCGAGCACAUGGCAAGAUCCAAGACCUGAAGGAGCAGGUUCAUCAGUUGAAACAGCAGCUACACAAACAGGGAGCCAGCAGAGACAACAGAGAAGUCGUUCCCAUGUGUCGUGUGCACAUAGCACACAGGAUCACCUCGAGGCGACACAAGGACUCCUCCGAGCCUCUCCUGAGGAACCCUGCUGAGACGCAGCAGCAGCCUGUGGCCCCCGCCGCAGCCCCCCCCAGCCCGGCAUGGGACGAGACCCCAGCUCUGUCAGAGCUACAGUGCCCACACUGCCUCCGCCUGUAUGGAGACACGGACGCUGCAGAGUACCUGAACCAUUGUGAAGAGUGUGCCAAACUAUAAACGGAACAACACUCAUUUAGGAAAAGACACUUAUCUUUUGCUGACAGUAACUGAACACUGAAGAGCAGCACUACACGGCAGAACAAAACCUGAGUGGAGUUUCAGAAAUUCACAGAGACUUGACUACAAAUGAAAUGACUGACUUGAGAUGUUUGUACAUAGUGAAGCAAAACUGUACAACCCAGAGUUCCCCUGUUGCAAGAGAAAUGAGUUCAUCAGCCUGCUCUAAAUCUGCAUAGUAAACAGUGUCAGGGCCGUGCUGUUCUCCUGUCGCAAUGCAGGAGAUUAUUGUGGUGUGGAAGUGGAUGCCAAUGCAAUAUAUCAAAUGCCAUAUACCUCAAUGUGUCAAAUUACAAACCAGUUGCACUUUCUUAAAAUGUUGCCAAAAACUGAAUCAUACUUUUGAACAGAUUCAUGACGCAUAAGCUUCUUAUUUUGGAUAAUGUGGUGCUAUAAGUUGUUUAUUUUUGGUUGAAAUUAACAUAUAUCUGUACUGUAAAUUAUAUAUUCUUAAUAACAGAUUUAAAGUAUAUAACUAUUAUAUUAAUAUUUAUUAUUUUUGUAUAAAUAAUUGGGAAACGGCAAAGCAAUGUUUGUUGCUUUUUUCCACUGAAGUCAUGAAACAUUUUUCGUGGCCAUUUUGAGAUAAAUACUGUUAAAUAUAUUACAACUGGAAAACAAUGUUUGAAUCCACUUUUUUGUAAUAGUGUAAAGAUGUAUCCCAACUGACAAUAAUAUGCUUAUUUUUGGAGAUCUUGUGCUGUUUUUCUGAACACAUUAUUUUUGUAAUAAAAGACUGUUUAACCACACUUUA